UACCAUUUGAGCAACUUAUUCCCUGGUCUAAAAUGGUGCCACAAAUGAAUAGAAUUGGAGUAUAAUUCUUUUUCUUAUUCCUUCAGGUGAAUCAGUUCAGACAGCUCUAUUCCAAAGUCAUCAACGAUAAACAUGAUGAUGUCAUGGCCAAGUUUGGCGCUAUUCUAGCCCAGGGCAUACUGGAUGCAGGUGGUCAUAAUGUCACAAUCUCCUUACAGUCCAGGACUGGACAUACUCAUAUGCCUUCCGUGGUUGGUGUCCUUGUCUUUACCCAGUUCUGGUUCUGGUUUCCUCUUUCCCACUUCCUGUCAUUGGCUUAUACCCCUACCUGUGUCAUUGGCCUUAACAAGGACUUAAAGAUGCCGAAAGUUCAGUAUAAAUCAAACUGUAAACCAUCCACAUUUGCAUACCCUGCCCCUCUGGAAGUACCAAAAGAAAAAGAAAAGGAGAAGGUUUCCACUGCUGUGUUAUCUAUAACUGCCAAGGCUAAAAAGAAGGAAAAAGAAAAAGAAAAAAAGGAGGAGGAGAAAAUGGAAGUGGAUGAGGCAGAGAAAAAGGAAGAAAAAGAGAAGAAAAAAGAACCUGAGCCAAACUUUCAAUUAUUGGAUAACCCAGCCCGAGUUAUGCCUGCUCAGCUUAAGGUCCUAACCAUGCCAGAGACUUGUAGAUACCAGCCUUUCAAACCAAUUCUCUCCAUUGGAGGCAUCAUCAUUCUGAAGGACACCAGCGAAGACAUUGAAGAGCUAGUGGAACCUGUGGCAGCACACGGCCCAAAAAUUGAGGAGGAGGAACAAGAACCAGAACCCCCAGAACCAUUUGAAUAUAUUGAUGAUUAAGGACCACAGGAUUUCAUUUGCUCAUCUGAAGAAGAUUGUCCAGGCUUGUAAUGGAAAUGCCUAUGAGGAAAUUCAUGCUGAAACCUGCUAUUCAAUGCAUGUAUCAUUGCCUCUGUGCUGAUCUGAAGAAUCUUGUCUCCACAUCUUUGGUUGAAGAGAAGAUAUAUGACUAUUUAGUGUGUUCUUUCACAGAACUUGGUUUUCAAAUAAAUAUAUUAAAAUCUCAAGAUAGACAGGAC